AUGGCCACUCAACAGAUCUUAACUACUGAACAAACUGCCGUGCCGGGUCGCUGGGUCGUUCGUGUCAAGCCCUAUCUGUCCCCUGAGCUAGUACAAAAGGAGCAUCUGUCCCUAUUGGCGGAGAAAACGGAAGACCCCACGACUCCAUUUAACGUGGAUAUUCUUCAGCAGUUUGACCUGGAUGAUUCAAAGGGAUACUCUGCAAAAUUCGAUGAUACAACCAAAGAAGAGUUGGAAAGGAUACCUCAUGUCUUGUCUAUUGAACCUGAGCAGCUAUACCGCCACUGCAAUGUCCAGCCAAACUCACCGUGGGGUAUCAGCCGCGUGUCUACGAGGGCCAAACUCAGCGGUCCUCCAUAUUCUUACACUUAUCGAGAUGAUGUCGCCGGCAGCGGCACUGUGGCAUAUGUAAUUGAUACUGGUAUCAAUGACAAACAUGUUGAAUUUGAGGGGAGGGCCAAAAAGGGCCCAAAGUUUGUGUCCGGCGAUAUCUCCAAUGAUGAGGAUGUACUCGGCCAUGGUACCCAUUGUGCGGGAACCAUAGCCAGUCGAGCCUAUGGCGUUGCGAAGAAGGCAAACGUUGUAGGCGUCAAGGUCUUUGGUGAUCGGACAGAAACUGCCCAGACAAGCGAUAUCAUCAAGGCCCUUGAGUGGGUUGUUAGUGAUGUCUCUGCGAGAGGUAUAGGCGGCCGUGCGGUGGUGAAUAUGAGUCUGGGGGGACCUCCUAGCGAAGCGCUCGAUGCUGCUGUUGCUUCAACUGUUCGUAAAGGGGUAGUUGUUUGCGUUGCAGCUGGGAACGGAGCGAAGGAGAUAAAUGAGUCCCCCGCACGCGAACCCCUUGCAAUUACUGUUGGAGCUACGGAUAUCAAUGAUCGAAUUGCCAGGUUCUCAGAUUAUGGAAAGUUUGUGGACAUUCUAGCUCCUGGUGUGGACAUUCUCUCUUGCUGGACAGGCGGCCCAACCAGCACUAAGACUAUCAGCGGUACAUCCAUGGCUACGCCUCAUGUCGCUGGUGUGGCCUGCUGUCUCCUCAGUGAUCCCUCCUUGGCUAGAGGUCAACUGGCCACCUAUGAUGUUAUGAGCAAAGUCCUCAUUCUUUCUGAUAAGAACAGAAUCACAGGGAUCGAUGCAAGAACUGUGAAUGCACUGGUACAUAAUACCACCAGUCCUACGGAUGCUUAA